CUGCGCAGCACUGAAACCACGUUUUUACAACACCUCGCAGCGCGUCAACAUAUUUUAUUUCGCAGUUUAUUCAAGUGCCUUUGGAAUCUACCAGUUUGUAAUAACUGCAUGGAUAAUUGGUAGAUGUGAUGCACUGACAACAUGAUUCUAUGUAUAUUUCAACUGACGUGUUUCUUGGCUCUCGGCCACUGCUGUGCCAAUCUAAGAGUUCGCCAAAUGCCCGAGUCUGUGCACCUGAAGGAGGGCGCGAGCGUCAACUUCCACUGUACGCUUACUUAUAAUGUCACUUCUGUUCGAGAGGUUUCAGUGCAAUGGACUUUCGGGGCGUCUCGAGAAAUUUCAUUUCAACGCUAUAAUACAUCCGAAAGUCAGGGCUUUACCGCUACCCUACCUCUUCAUUCGGUCCGACGGAAUCAGAGUGGAAAAUAUUUUUGUAACGUGUCCGUACUUAUACCCUGCAUUGACCAUGGAAGUGGAAGUGGUACUAGUCUCACAGUAGAAGUUUUAACGUCUCCAGGUACCGUAAGUGAAUCCUCUUCUUCAGCCGUCGUUUGGACGUCACUAUUGGCUGCAGUUCUGGCAGUGGGAAUAGGCUGUGUGAUCUACAGCAAACGUAAAGGGAAUAAAAGAACCGCUUCGACAGGACAGGAAACCGAUUGCCCGACGUCAGUCACUUCUGAGGUUUUUUACGCAAAGGUCAACUUCAGGAAUUCCAGCACUCAUGACAGAAGCAACAGCGAUCAAGCACAGUACUGUAACGUGCCCCAGGUUGGAAAGAUGACACUGGAUUCAAGAUGCUUGAGACCUGCUGUUGCGGAUAAUGUUGUAUACAGUACACUGAAUGCUCCAAAUCUUUCAAUUGGAGCUAGUAAUUUGCAUUGAGUCAUACAUAGAACAUUUACUAGAAUAUUUUUGGGGUCUUUUAGUUUUCUGUUGUUAUUCCUUCAACAGUAUACCAAAUAUUUUUAAUUCUCUGAUUCCAAACAAAUACAUUUCCAAAUAAAAUACAAAUAUGUGCUUUGCCAUCAGAUCUAGUUGUUUUUUUGCCAGCUACAUCCAAAAUUUCUGUCCUUCAGUUGUAAAUUGAAAAAUAAAAAUGAACAUUGAAAAAUAG